GCCUGACUUCCUUCAUUCAUCUUGCAACCUGCGAAGCCAUGCUCGCUGCUUGCGCUCAUUGUUGCGCCAGGCCAAGCCUUCCUGUAGAGCUGCUCGACUUUGGAACUCCAAUCCUUCUUUUCCCUUCGCCCGGCGGGCGCCAGUCUGGCCACAUCUUCUCACGCGUUGAUGGCAGCAUGCGCGCCGCCACGACGUCCUCGACCCGUUACACCGGAUGACGCCAGGAACGGGCCGUAGCUCACGUUGAUCGACUGUUGGUCUGGGACGUGUUCGCCGGGGAGCCAAGAGUUGAGAGUUCAUGCAAACUGGAGGUGCAACCAGCAGACCGGGGAGAUGCGGGGACUGGCUUCUUGGCUUCGUGCAUCAUGCUGCAUGUCGCUUGCCUUGCCAUUGCUGUUCGCACAUCAUUGUACGUCCAGACUUAAGCUUAUUGUCACGUCUGUCUGUCUUGCGAUCUCUCCCCUAUUCCAAUAUGCGCGUCGCACAGGUGGCCAUGUCCAUGUCCAUCUCUUUGAUCGACGUUUCUACCCUAUCGCUCCCCUUUCGCUCCCUAUAGAACGAAUCCCUCCUGAACGUUCACCUCGUCACGUGAUUUGGACCGAGGAUCGAAGGAUGCUCUGUUCGUUCGAGCAUCGACAGUCCAAGAUCAGUGCCAGCCAUGCCUCGUUGCUGAUUGCCGCUUCACCGGUGCGCCGCCUUGGGAAUCGAUAAAUGCUUUUAGCGGUGGCACGGAGCAUGUUGAUGGCGAGAUCUCGCCAUCCAAUGUCUUGGCGGCCGGGUAAAUGCACGGUCUUGGUAUCGAUGGUGGGCGCUCUGGCGCCUCUCCACAAUCCUCCAGAACGACAGGGUUGCUGACCAUUGUCUCUUUCCUGUCUUCGGGCAAAAACUAUACAUCAUUCUGAAGUUGAAGUGGUUCACGAACAUCGCCAUGUCUCUAGCCA